GCAACCGGCUAGCCAUGGUGCUAUUGAAGAUCUGCUUAGUUCUCUGCUUUCUUCACAAACAACAGUUGACAACAGCUGCCGUAUCAGAAGGAGACGUUCGACUUGUAAAUGGACUUUCUUCAUAUGCUGGCAGGGUGGAAAUCUAUCACAAUGGUCAGUGGGGAACAGUGUGCGAUGACGGUUGGGAUUUGUCCAAUGCCGAUGUGGUGUGUAAGCAACUGGGUUACACUGGCGCUCUUCGUUACACUUUUGAGGCAUUUCACGGACAAGGAAACGGGGCAAUAUGGAUGGACGACGUUGCGUGCAUAUCGUGGAAUUCACGUCUGGGAUACUGCAAUUUCUCAGGUUGGGGCAAUCACAACUGCGACCACUCCGAAGAUGCGGGUGUAAUCUGCAACCCUCCACCCCAUAAUCCCACUACUGAAGGAAUGACAUCAUCUACUCCACCAGCAGUCAAGACUGUAACUGAUCCUUGUUAUCCAACAGCAUCGCAUACUAUCGACGGAAGUGUGAGACUUGCUGAUGGAGACACUCCAAAUGAAGGUCGAGUGGAAAUAUAUCACAAUGGUGAAUGGGGAACAGUAUGCAAUGACUUUUGGACUUCAACUAACGGACGGGUGGUUUGUAAGCAACUGGGAUACAAAUACUACGUCAGUAGCUAUAGGCUAAAUACCGGUACUAAUAGAACUGGUGGAGGGAGAGUAUGGAUGGACAAUGUGAGAUGCAGUUGGAGCGAAUUAAGAUUGCAGGAUUGCUCUUUUCUUGGUUGGGGAAAUCACAAUUGUGGGCAAAGCGAACAUGUAGGCGUGAUCUGUGGAGGUGCAUCUGAAGGUGACAUUCGACUUGUUAAUGGAUAUACCGCCAAAGAAGGGAGGGUGGAAAUUUAUCACAAUGGGGAGUGGGGAGGCGUGUGCGGAGACGGUUGGGAUGAUAUUGAUGCGAAUGUGGUGUGUGAACAGUUGGGUUACACUGGCGUUCAUAGUGCGGAAACUGGCUCGUUAUUCGGACGAGGAUGUGGUAGAAUAUGGUUAAACAAUGUGGAAUGCAAUCGGUGGGAUUAUCGUUUAGAGAGCUGCUCCAGAUCCUUUUCAAGCUGGGGCGUUUCCAGCUGCGGUCAUUCUGGAUCUGCGGGUGUGAUCUGCGAGACACCCAUCACUGGGAGGUGGUGGUGGUGGCAGACAACAACUGCACCGCCUACAAUAGAAGACAAAUCAAGUAAGAUUGAUUUAUUUCUUGUCCCCAAACAGUAAAAAGUAAACUUUUCUUCUAACAUUAAUUAUUGUCGUAUGUAGCGGCUACAAAAGAUGUAGUAAUAGCUUCUGCAAUAUCGGCCGUAUUUGUAUUUCUAAUUGUUAUUAAUAUAAUCGCCGCUGUCCGGGCAAGAGGCAGACCAGUUGCUACAACUACGACGACAGCAAGUGGUCAACUAUACACUGGACGACCUGCACAUGCUCAAUCGGUAAUGAAUGUUUCGUCUGCGCCUCAGAGUGUUAAUUAUCCCGGAGUUCACUUCAGUUCUAUCGAAUCGGAAGCUCCGCCCUCGUACGAGGAAGCGAUUGUCCAUCAAUCCGCUAUUGAAGCAGUGAACUUUGAGGAAAGGUCGCGUGAUGGCUCAGCGUGCGACGCAUCCAACGACAUUGACUGUGACUGUGGCUGUGACUGUGACGGAGACUAACCCUGCUGUCUCGUAACAGUGUAAAGUGUGCAGUUGAAGUCUAGCGCAAAUAGUAAUAUUGAACUAUUCAAUUUCAAAUUCCAUAUGUAAUAGAUGAGUCUGUACAGUAGUGGAUUAUGCGAUUGCGUAUUGCUGUUGUGCAGGAUAUAGUAGAAAUAGAGAUGUUCGAUAUUCA